AUGGUAACACUGGACCAGUCAUUGGCGGUAAACGUGGUGGAGGCACACGUUGGCGACAACGUAGAGAUCCGGUGCGAUAUCAUGGGUGAACCACAGCCACCGGCCAUCAAAUGGACCAGGUUCAAUGUAGACCUCAACACCGUAAACAUACCUAACAUGAAGGUCUUUAGCGAUGGUUCACUAUACCUGACCAAUGUUCAGCUCUCGUUCAGCGGGAACUACACGUGUCAGGCAGUUAACAACCCGCUGGUAAAACAGGUCCAUAUUCUCCAUACAAUCGUGCCACCAUUAGUAUCCGUAUCGCCGCGUUUCCAAUGGGAACCGAUCGGAGGGUUGGCUACAAUUGACUGUCGCUACGAGUCCUUCGAGGACACGGUCUCUAUCGAGUGGUACAAAAACGAAGAGCUACUGUUGGGCACCAACGCGCGCACCGUAAUCAUGAACAACGCGACCAGGGUGCAAAUCGGUCAGCUCACCCGCACGGACACCGGUGCCUACUCGUGCCGGGUCACCGACAAACGACCCGCGGACACCCCUAACGGCCCGACGGGCACC